AUGCCUCAUAGUCACUGCGAUGGGCACCACGAUCAUGACGACGAAUUAGGUGUUCAGUAUAAUCUAUUUCAAAAAAUUGAUAUUGAAAACUUACAAUGUUUAAAUGAAAGUAUUGAUGGUGCUGGAAAAACUGUUUUUAAGCCCUGGGAAAGAAGGUUAGACCGAACACAGUAUGUUGAAAGUGAUGCAGAUGAAGAGCUACUCUUUAAUAUACCUUUCACUGGCAAUAUUAAACUUAAAGGUAUAAGGAUAGUAUCUGAAGACACAGAUUGCCAUCCAGCGAAGUUAAGACUAUUUAAAAAUAAACCAAACCUAACAUUUGAUGAUGUGUCUAUGGAACCAGAUCAAGUUUUUGAACUUCAAAAAGAUUGUGAGGGACAUAUCGAAUAUAAUCCAAAAAUUGUCACUUUUUCAAGUGUAUCACAUCUAACCAUGCAUUUUCCUGCUAAUUUUGGUGCUGAAAGUACAAAAAUAUAUUAUAUAGGACUUAAAGGAGAGUGGAUGCCUGGACAUAAACAUGGAGUCACUAUUUGUACAUAUGAAGCUAGACCCAUCCUUGAAGAUCACAAAUUGAGUCAUUUAGAUUCUGUUAGCAAAACUAUAGAA